UUGAACAUAUAUUUUAUCUUUCCCUUCCACAAACAAUAUUUUCUACCACUAAUUAAACAUAAGAAAUCAUAAUCAUGAUUAAGGUUUGCCCAUUUAUUGGAUUGAAUGGUGAAAUAUGGGAUGAUGAGGAAGAUAAAGUUGCCAAGAUUUUUAUAUCUCAUGGUAGAAGAGUGAACUUCAUUCAGUUUCUGUACAUCAAAAAUGGAUCCUUUGUCUUGUCCAAUAAACAUGGUGGUGAUGGAGGCUUAAGAUUUGAUACAAUUAAACUUGAUUAUCCCUCCGAGUUUCUCACUUGGAUACGUGGUUACUAUGUGGAUUUUCGUCCUAUAGUUAUUCAACCUGCUACUUAUGUGACAUCAAUCACAUUUGGUACAAACAAAGCUACUUAUGGACCUUUUGGAAGCCAUGAAAGUUGUGAUAUUGAGUUUGAUUUCAAGUUUGGAACAGAUGCAUCUUUUGGUGGAUUUCAUGGCACAACUCAUAUUCAUUAUCUUGAAAGUAUCGGUGUUUAUAUCAAACCAAUUACUUGCCCUACAAUAGUAGAGAACAGGGAAGCAGAUAACAGUAAUGUUUCAUGAAUUUAUGAAAUUCGAAUUUAGUGAGAAUUGAGUAGUAACUCACUGAUAAGGCCGUUCACUGAUAUAAACUAAUGUUUUCUUUAUCUUUCUCUUAGACGUUCCUCUACCUUAAAAAGGGACUUAAAUAGGAGGGCAUGUACGUUAGUAAGUAGUCGAGCGGUUUCUCUAUCUUCUGUGAUGGAGUGUGGUUCUAGUUUAUAGCAUGUUAUGUGCUCCCUCUUCUCCGUAUCAGUGCUAUUAUUAUUAUUAUUAUUAUUAUUAUUAUUAUUAUUAUUAUAUCCUUAAUCAUCAAUUUUUGUACUAAUGUUGUUUCUUAUAUUCCUUUAUUUUCUUCUUCCUUUUCUAUAGAAAACAGUAUCUUUACUAAGGUACUGGGUUUUAAAUUUUCACUAGAUCUUUAUGUUUUCUUUAUCUUUCUCUUAGACGUUCCUCUACCUUAAAAGGAACUUAGAUAGGAGGCCAUGGAUGUUGGUAAGUAGUCGAGCGUAUUUCUCUCUCUUUUAUUGUUAUGUGCUCCCUCUUCUCCUUAUCAAUGCUAUUAUUAUUAUUCUAGUAUUUCCUUAUUCAUCAAUUUUUGUACUAAUGUUGUUUCUUAUAUUCCUUUAUUUUCUUCUUCCUUUUGUGGCAAGGAUCUAUAGAAAACA